AUGCACCACCUCACGGGCCACCGCAGCAUCGUCGAGCUGCGCGGCGCCUACGAGGACCGCCACUCCGUCAACCUCGUCAUGGAGCUCUGCGAGGGCGGCGAGCUCUUCGACCGCAUCAUCGCCCGCGGCCACUACUCCGAGCGCGCCGCCGCCACGCUCUGCCGGGAGGUCGUCAGUGUUGUGCAUAGCUGCCACUCCAUGGGGGUCAUGCACCGCGACCUCAAGCCCGAGAACUUCUUGUUUUUGAAUAAGAGGGAGGACUCCCCGCUCAAGGCCACCGAUUUCGGGCUCUCCGUCUUCUUCAAGCCCGGCGAGCAGUUCAGGGAUCUUGUUGGGAGUGCAUACUAUGUGGCUCCGGAGGUGCUGAAGCGGCGAUACGGAGCUGAGGCUGACAUUUGGAGUGCUGGAGUUAUCCUCUACAUUCUCCUCUCCGGCGUUCCUCCAUUCUGGCACGCAGAUCAUCCAUGGAUUAGAGAGGAUGGAGAAGCCCCAGAUAAACCACUUGAUAUUACAGUGAUCAGUAGAAUGAAGCAGUUCAGGGCGAUGAACAAGCUUAAGAAGGUUGCCUUGAAGAUUGUUGCAGAGAGCUUGUCAGAGGAAGAGAUCGUGGGCUUAAGAGAAAUGUUCAAGUCCCUGGAUACUGAUAAUAGUGGGACAAUUACCCUUGAUGAACUAAGGGCUGGCUUACCAAAGCUUGGUACCAAAAUUACCGAAUCAGAAAUAAGACAGUUAAUGGAGGCGGCUGAUGUUGAUGGAAAUGGGACCAUUGAUUAUGUUGAAUUCAUAUCGGCAACAAUGCACAUGAAUAGACUAGAGAAGGAAGACCACAUAUUUAAAGCAUUCGAAUACUUUGACAAGGACCACAGCGGGUACAUAACAGUUGAUGAGUUGGAAGAAGCUCUGAAGAAGUAUGAUAUGGGUGAUGAGGCAACAAUCAAAGAUAUCAUUGCUGAAGUGGAUACAGAUCAUGAUGGGAAAAUUAACUACCAGGAGUUUGUUGCGAUGAUGAAGAAUAACAGCCCAGAGAUUGUUCCAAAUCGACGGCGCCUAUUUUAA